UCUCUCUCCGCUAAAAUUUAAUUCAUCAAAACCAAAAAAAACAUCUCCGCCGAAACCACCGCCCCCUCCGUCCGUACUUCGCCGGAGCUCUUCUCAGCCUCUCGGCGUCACCUGAGAGAGAGAGAGAUGGGCAUACUGUAUGGGAUGGUGGCGAGGGGACAGGUGGUUCUGGCGGAGUUCAGCUCAACUUCCACCAAUGCCAACGCCGUGGCCCGACAGAUACUCGACCAGAUGAUGAAUAAAGCCGGAAAUAUCAACCACGAAGACAGCAACGCUUCCUUUUCCCAUGAUCGCUAUAUCUUCCACGUCAAGCGCACCGACUGCCUCACCGUGCUUUGCAUGGCCGACCAAGCCUCUGGACGGAGAGUUCCUUUUGCAUUUCUUGAAGAAAUUCAUCAAAGAUUCGUGAAAACAUAUUCUCGGUCCAUUCUUUCAGCUCCUGCCUAUGCCAUGAAUGAUGAAUUUUCAAGGAUUCUGAAUCAACAGAUGGACCAUUACUCUAAUGAUCCAAAUGCAGACAGGUUAAACCGUCUAAAAGGUGAAAUGACUCAGAUAAGAAGCGUCAUGAUUGACAAUAUCGAAAAGGCCUUGGAAAGGGGAGAUCGCUUGUCGCUGCUGGUUGAGAAAACUUCAACGAUGCAAGGCAAUGCAGUUCGCUUUAAAAGGCAAUCUCGCCGUUUAAAGAACACUCUAUGGUGGAAAAAUGUCAAGCUCACGGCUUCAUUGAUAUUCAUCCUCUUGGUGGUCAUCUAUGUGGUUCUUGCGCUUGCAUGUCACGGUCCCUUGCUAGCUUCUUGCUUAAAGUAAAACAUUCAGUCAGGGGCGGCUUUGUGAUUUUUGCACGGUUUAGUCAUAGCGAAUAUCGACUAAUGAUUUGCUUUAUCAAAAAUUAAAGGGUACAAAUUCACAUGUACAGCAUAGGCGCUCUGUUCUUAUACAGGUUUCACAGUUGCUUUUUCAUGUUCUCUAAAAGAAUGUUGGCUUUGUCAACAUACCAAAGCGGGUCGUAUACUGUAUCAGCACGACAAUAUUUUCCCUUUAUAUUAGGAUUUUGUAACUUAAAAUUAUUCAUGCAAGAUGUUUGUUUUAUAUUCUGUAGUUAGUGGUGAACAAGGCUAGAUGAUGGUAAUGCUGUUCUUAUAGUACUAAAUUAUCCAAUAUGUUCAUCCAAGCAGGUUACUUUUAGAUUGGAGAUGAGAUAAUUAUGGAUUUGCAAUAUCAGUAUGCGAGCAUGAAAUCAAUUUAUAAGAAGCAGCCGAGUAAAUUGAAUUUUUAUAAUUCCACAAACUAAUUGCUAUAGAACUCAUUUCGGUGUUGACAAAAUUGCUAAUGAUAAGAAAAAUUUAUUCAAUUUUUAACUCAGAGAAACAAUAGUACUAUCCAAGCAAUAAUCUCCUGUGUCCUUAUUUGGCAUGCAAGGAUCCGAUUGGAUAGGAUAUAGAAAUGAAGUCUUCUUGGCUGUUUACAUUGGCAUCAUGAAUAAAGAUUCUUUGUCUCUAAAGUUUUAGACCUACUGUGACACAAGAUUGAAUUGUAUAGCAUAUUGAAGAUUGAUUGGACUGGUUUAAGCUGUACAGGGCAUGUCCAAAAAAUAUCCAGAGUGGUGUCCUCCAUUCUUUUCCUGUUCCUUGCUUAAUAUACUCUUUUCUGUUUUUUUGUUUUUAUGGGUGUACUCUGUUUCUUCUUCAACAUUUGUCUCUACUGAAUAACACAUUAAUUUUGCUAGACGUAAUAUGAUUAUCAUAAAUCUCUUCUGUUAAACUCAAGCCUCUUAACUACAUGAAAUUAUUUGACAUGGGAAGGACUAUAACAGAACCUAACCGUCCGAACAUGAACACAACUCACCUUUAUUGAUAAAUUUGGUGGACUAAUUUUGGCCUUGUUCAAGGAAAUUCCCCAACCCCAAAUUUCAAACACAAAAGAUUUUUUCUUUUCUUUUUAUUUUUAUUUUUUAUGUUUUCUGUUUUUAGUGUUUAGGUUUUAGUUUUUUUCUUUGAUACUCAUGUUAAAUAUUUGGACAUAUUUGAAAUUUUUUAAACAAUACUAUGGAAGCAUACGAACUUAGUCGUAGAAGCAUGUAAUCU